CUGGCAGUGUGAGGGGCAGGGGCUGGCAGGGGGUGCAGGCGGCAUGCGGACCCCGCCGGUGAUGAUCCUGGGGCUGGUGCUGUCCCCCGCCGGGUUCGUGCUGAUCCUGGUCUCCACGGUGGCUCCCGCCUGGAGAGACGUGAGCAACAUCCCCACCGACGCUCUGGACACGGUGCUGCACCAGGGGCUGUGGGAGAUCUGCCGGGAAAAGGAGUCCGUCAGAGAAACCACCUGCGGUGUGGCGGACGUGGCCUAUUUUCAGCACCAGGUGCUGGGGCUGUCCAGGGGGCUGAUGAUCGCGGGGCUGGUGGUCACGGCGCUGGGGGUCCUGCUCUCCUCGCUGGGGGUCCGCUGCUGGACCCAGCACCCCAACCUGGCGGUGUCCGGGGCGGGGGGUGUGGUGCUGGGGGUCGGGGGGGUGCUGACCCUGGUCGCCGUGUCCUGGUACACGGACAAGCUCCAGGCGCUGCCCAACUCCGCGGCCGGACAGUCCCUCAGUGUGGGCUACAGCAUCGUCCUGGGCUUCAUCGGCGGCUGCCUGGAGAUCCUGGGGGGGCUCUCCCUGGCCUUCAGCUUCGGGAAGCUGUGCGAACAGCAGAGGGCGAAGGCCAAACCGUACGUUCAGAAGAAGAAGGAAGCGCAACGCCCCGCGAAGCUCUACCCGCGGGGGAUCUCCAACCCCGUCCAGGUGGUGGAUAUCCCCGCGGAGUCCGCCCCCUCCGCCCCCUGGGACGCGGAUCUAUAGGGACCAAGAGGAUCGAUCGGCUGCUCGCGGGGCGACGGUGAUCGAUACCCCCCCCAUUCAAUACGUACUUAUUGGGAAUCGAUGCAACGUCUGAAUCGUGCACAGAAACCUGCGAUUCGCAGUGACCGACUCGCAAAUAACUCUUUGUAUGUUU